AUGCCUCUCAAUUAUUCGAAAUGGGACCAACUCGAGCUUUCUGAUGAUUCAGAUAUUGAGGGCCACCCCAACGUUGAUAAACGAAGUCUUAUUCGGUGGAAGCAGCGCGACAUACAUGAAAAGCGCGAGCAACGUAAAAUGCGCAUUCACGAACUUGAAAGCAAGCUUGCACUAUCUAAAGUUCUUAAUCCCCGUAUCGAAAAGAUAAUCGCGGACCCACCCGGAAAUGCACCCAACCAACCAACGUACGAUAUGAUGCUUCACGAGCUCAUGCUCCAAGUAUGGAACGGCGUAAAGGAAGGUGGGGCAACCCCAGAGGACCCUAAUCUCACCGACAAACUUGUCGCUGGGUUGAGGGAUGCUUUGGAGAAGCAACACCAGGACGAUCUACAAAGCCAAAAGGAUCUUGAGGCUGAGAUCAAUGAGCGCAACAAACACAUUACGAGCGACGAUUUAAGAGACGGAUUCAAUUCAACGAAAGUUUCUCACAAAGCUUCUCCUGAUCCUACUGUGAUGGCUAAGCCAUUAGUGCCCAAAAAGGAAAAAGUGGAAACCAUCGAAGUUUUAAAUCCUAAGGGAAAGGAGAAGUGGAGAGUCAACUUGCAACAGCGACGACCGGAAAUGAUGAUGGCCAAAUUUGCAUCACUUCCUUUGGGAAGUUUCGAACAAGCCUUCCAGUUCAUUCAAGACAAUCAUGAAAUAUUUUCUCCUGGGGCUACCGAUGCGUUCCUUUUGGCCGGUUUCAGAGCCCAAAUGAAGGGCGAGUCCAAAUACGCCAAGCAAUGUGUGAAUCGGAGUCUCAUGCUACAAUACUGCGAGAAGCUUGGCCGAGAUGGCGUUUCACUAUUUUUCAAGAGAAUGCUCUCUGACAACCCCAUCGGCGCGGAUGGUAAACACCUUGCGCCUAAUGCGAUGCCACGCGCUAUUUUUGAGAAGGACGUCAAUGAUACCUACGAGAUGAUUUGCACACGCGCAGAAAAGGCCAAGGAAGAAGAUGCAGAAGCAGGUGCCCGCGAGACGAUUCAGCUUGUAUGUGAGAAUCCAGAUACCGAUGUUCAAUUCAACGUCCCAGAUGGUCCUCCUCCUGAAACAAUUACUCUCGAAGGCGAAGGGACAGAACAUUUAGAUCCUGUGCAGGUCCGAGAAGCAUUAAUGCGGAGGUGGGAGAUGUUUGAGGCCUUCAAGCCAGAGAUGCAGGGCGCCCUUCGGAACCACAGUCUCGACGAGGUCAACGCUGUGCUAGAAAAGAUGGAUCUGGCGGAAGCCGAAGGAAUGGUUCAAUUGCUUGACGCUUCGGGGAUAUUAUCGUUUGCUUCGACUGACAUUCGUGACGAAACGGGUGUACCAGCUCCAGAUCCCGAGUAG